GAUAGUGAGGUAUUGCUUUUUGCGAUUCAUUUUAGCAAAAUCUAAAAUGUUUAAAACCGCUCUCAGAAGCACAACCUCGCUGAGGUUUCUUGUGCUUGGCUCUCCCAAGAUAAUUAACUUCACGGCGCAAAGAAACUUUAAAUCUCUCGGCAAACAAUCAAUAAGCCAAUCAAUACUAGUUCCAUUAUGCUCUUCAACCCAAACGUUUCGAUCGAUGUUUAUCCAAACACAGGACACCCCAAAUCCGGACAGUUUGAAAUUUCUCCCAGGAGUUUCAGUACUUGAAAAAGGACAAACCAUGGAUUUCCCUACACAUACUUCGGCACUCUGUAGUCCAUUGGCUAAAUUGCUGUUUCGGAUCGAGGGCGUCCGAGCUGUUUUCUUUGGUCCCGAUUUCGUAACUAUUUCGAAGCAGGAGGAUGCCGAAUGGCGCCUCAUCAAGCCAGAGGUGUUUGCCGUAAUAAUGGAUUUCUUUGCUUCUGGGCUGCCUGUGGUAACGGAUGUAAAACCCACAGGCGAUACUCAAAUCAAUGAAGAUGACGACGAAACGGUGCAAAUGAUUAAAGAAUUGUUGGAUACCCGAAUCAGACCAACUGUGCAAGAGGAUGGCGGAGACAUUAUAUUUAUGGGUUUUGAAGAAGGAGUUGUGAAACUAAAAAUGCAAGGUUCCUGUUCAUCUUGUCCAAGCUCCAUCGUAACACUCAAGAAUGGUGUUCAGAACAUGCUGCAGUUCUACAUUCCGGAAGUCGUUGCGGUUGAACAGGUUACAGACCAAGUAGACGAGGUUACGGAAAAAGAGUUCGAGAAGCUGGAGAGUAAAAUUCAGCAAAAGAAAGAUAAAAUCGAAUAAAAAUAUUAUUAAAGUGAUAGUAAAAUAGUUGGAUUGAUGCUUUGUAACAGCUACAGGGCCUUUUGAAAAUUUAUGAAAAUAUAGACUAGCUUAUCAGAAGCAUAAGCGAUACAUAUAUUG